AUGUGGCCUCAGCUGCUCCUCUUGCUGCUGGCCCCACGGGGUGGGCAUGGCUGCCAUGGGCCGGAGCUGGACCGGGAAUUUGUCCUGGCCAAGGUGAGGACCCUGUUCCUGGAUGCCUUGGGAGCCCCUGCAGUGACUGGGGAAGGUGGGAGUCCUGGAGUCAGGCGUCUGUCCCGAAGACAUGCUGUGAGGGGCUUCAUGCGCAGAGGCUCUGAGCCCAAGGAAGAGGAUGUCUCCCAGGCCAUCCUUUUCCCGGCUACAGGUGCCAGCCUCGGGGACGAGCCAGCUGCCGGAGAGCUGGCCCAGGAGGCCAAGGAGGGCCUCUUUACAUAUGUGUUCCGGCCAUCCCAGCACACACGCAGCCGCCAGGUGACGUCGGCCCAGCUAUGGUUCCACACGGGACUGGACAGGCAGGAGACAGCAGCCGCCAAUAGCUCUGGGCCCCUGCUAGGCCUCCUGGCACUGUCAUCCGGGGGUCCCACAGCUGUGCCCAUGUCACUGGGCCAGGCACCCCCUCGCUGGGCUGUGCUGCACCUGGCCGCCUCUGCCUUCCCUCUGCUGACCCAUCCCGUCCUGGUGCUCCUCCUGCACUGUCCUCUCUGUUCCUGCUCAGCGCGGCCCGAGGCCACCCCCUUCCUGGUGGCCCACACUCGGGCCAGGCCUCCCAGCGGAGGGGAGAGAGCCCGCCGCUCCACGCCCCCGCUGCCCUGGCCUUGGUCUCCCGCCGCGCUGCGCCUGCUGCAGAGGCCUCCGGAGGAACCCGGCGCGCAUGCCGACUGCCACAGAGCGGCCCUCAACAUCUCCUUCCAGGAGCUGGGCUGGGAACGGUGGAUCGUGCACCCUCCCAGUUUCAUCUUCCACUAUUGUCAUGGGGGCUGUGGGCUGUCCACCCUGCCGGACCUGUCCCUGCCAGUCCCCGGGGCACCCCCUACCCCUGUCCAGCCCCUCUCUUUGGUGCCAGGGCCCCAGCCCUGCUGCGCUGCUCUCCCAGGGACCAUGAGGCCCCUACGUGUCCGCACCACCUCGGAUGGAGGUUACUCUUUUAAGUAUGAGACGGUGCCCAACCUGCUCACGCAGCACUGUGCUUGCAUCUAAGGGAGUCCUGCUGGUGGCCGAGUCCCCACCAUUACCAGCCUGGGGGAAGGGCAGGGUUCCCACCUCCCCGCUCCUUCCACCUCUCUGCCUGGAGGCUCCCCUCCC